AUGGAUAGACGUGUUCUCUGUGAUAGUCUUAUCAAAUGGAUGAAAACAUUUGAUUUGAAUAGCCCAAUAAAUGGUGCUGGUGAUUUAAGUGAUGGUAUUCUUAUAGCAAAAUGUUUAAAAAAUAUCGAUGGAAAUUACUUUACAGAAGCUUGGGUGGCCAAAUUGAAGAGCGAUACAUCAGACAAUCACAGAAUAAAAACAAAUAAUUUGAAAAAAGUCUUGAAAAGUACUACGGAUUAUUAUUCAGAGGUUUUAACUCAAUCACUCAUUGACUUUCAAAUGCCUGAUUUAAAUAUGAUUGCCGAUAAAACAGAUGAAACAGAGCUUAGUCGCUUAUUACAAUUGGUAUUAGGUGUUGCUGUUAGCUGUGAUCGUAAACAAUAUUAUAUUGAAAAUAUAAUGCUAAUGGAAGAAUCUGUUCAACAUGUAUUGAUGAAUGCCAUUCAAGAAUUGAAACAUGCCUUAGAAGAAUUAAAUCGUGUUGUUGAAGCAAAAGAAGAAAUAGAAAAUCGUUGUAGAGAACUGGAUCUUCAAGUAUCAACAUUACAAGAUGAAAAACUUGGUUUAACACAAGAGACAUCACGUUUAAAUGAUCGUAUACAACAAUUUGAAAGUUUAGAAGAUUCUGAAUCUAUACCAAAACGUCGAUAUGCAACACUUCAACAACGUAUUCAAUCUCAACAAGAGGAAAUUUUUAAAUUAGAAACAACACUGCAAGAUCAUCGUGCUAAAUUAGAUGUUCUACGUGAUGAUAACGAAGGUUUACUAAAAAGGACAAAAUUGGAAUCGACUAUUGAUGCAUACAAAUUAAAAUUGGAAGAAAUGUCUAAUUUACGUCAACAAAUCGAAUAUUUAGAAGAAACAAAUUUACGUUUAUUUGAUGAAAAAACAAAUUUAGAACACGAAUAUAAGAAAGCAAAACAAUUACAAACUCAAGUUGAAUUCCAUAAAAGAACAAAUCAAGAGUUGUAUCAAAAAAUUUCUGAACUACAAAGUAUAACAGACAAAGCGGAAUUUGAACGAUCAAGAACAGAAGAACGUUUAAGCGUUAUUACUUCAGAAAAAGAGAGUUUAACAAAUGAAAUUGAGUUAUUACGUGAAACAAAUGAAAAAUUACGUGGUGUAAAUAUUGACGAAGGUAGUAAUCAAACAUCUUCUCAACAUGAACUCACGGGUUCACUCGAAGAUUUGAAUUUUUUAAAUCUCUCACCUGAUGUUCGUGAACGAUUUAUUCGUUUACAACAUGAAAAUAAAGUUCUUAAACUUAAACAAACUGAAGAUAAUAAUAGUGAACAAGUUCAAUUGUUACAAGCAACCUGCGACGAGUUGAAAGAUCGUAAUAAUCAAUUAAAUAAUGAUUUAUGGAUGUCAAACCGAAAAAUUCUUGAAUUAGAAGCAACACUCAAAGAUACAUCUUCAAUUGCUGAAAAUAGUGCUGAACUAAUUGAAUUGAAAAAAACAUUGAAUCGUACUACAGCACGUUAUGAAGAUGAUCUAACACGAACAAAGAAACAAUUAGAUGAAUUACAGAAACAACAUGAUCUUACACAACAAAAAUUGAACGAGAAAGAUAUUUUAUUAAAAACAAAAUCAAAUGAGUUGAGUAAUGUUGAAGAACAAUAUUUACGUUAUCUAGAAAAAGCUAGAACAGUGAUUCGAUCAAUAGAUUCACGUAAUAAUCCAUCGGUUAAUACGGAAGUGCAAUCGAUACGUAAACAAUUAGAAGAAAAAAAUAGUCGCAUAGCCGAUUUAGGGAAAGAAUACGAACGUCUUAAAGAAACAAAAGAAGAACAAGAAAAACUAUUGAUUAGUGCGUGGUAUUCAUUGGUUCAUGCGUAUUUUUUUACUAUACAGGGUAGUAGAUUUCAACGACGUGCGUUUGAAGAACGUCUUAAAUCUCAUGAAAAUCAGUCAUUCCUCGCCAAACAGCGAACAAUUCCAUCUACACGAAAACAACAGAAUCCAGACACAUUAUCACCGCAAACGUCAUCAGCUACAAAUGGAAGCAAUAGAUCAACAGCCACUACCAGUGGUUCAAAAAGAUGA